AUGGCGGCCACCGAGAGGGUUCGUACGUUCGCGGCCACACGCACUAGCCAGGGCAUUGGCAGCUGUGCUUUUAAAAAGCAGAGGGCAGCAGAGAAGCUCAGCCUCGACAAUGGAGCCUUGGCCUCUGUUUACCUGGAAAAGCACCGAGGAUUUGCUGUUGAAUUUGAGUUGGCAGAGGGAGAGCCCACUGCCAAAAAGGCCUGGUCAAAUCCUGUGGUGUACAUGGACAUCAAGAUUGGGAACACGCCAGCUGGCUGCAUCCAGAUACUCCUGCGCUCAGAUGUCAUUCCCAUGACGGCAGGCCUGCUCUCCAUGGCCAACUCAGGCCCAAACACCAACGGCUCCCAGUUCUUCCUAACGUGUGACAAGACGGAUUGGCUGGACGGCAAGCACGUGGUAUUCGGGGAGGUCACGGAAGGCCUGGAUGUCUUGCGGCAGAUUGAGGCCCAGGGCAGCAAGGACGGGAAGCCAAAGGAGAAGGUGAUCAUCUCCGACUGUGGGGAGUACGUGUGAGAGGCACUUUCUCUGCACUGCGCCUGUGUAUCCAGGAGUCGAUGGCCCCGGGGAUCCAGCACUUGUUAACGGGGUCUGUGCUGUGGCCCUUCUUGGGGUCGGCUGGGAGCAUCUCCUCUGCAGGAGUGGCCUGGGCUUCCUCUGGCUCUUUCCCAAGCAUGGCUGUGGGCCCGGGAGCAGGCACAGGUGCCACCCUCCCCAUCCUGGACGGCCGUGCGUGGCCUUUCUAGGCCUUUGCUGCCAGGGCCUCUCCUGGGCCCCCGAGUGUGGCUCCUGAAUGUUUCUUCUGGUAAAAUAAAUCCUAGUUCCUGUACUGCUGCUGCUAUCCGGGUCCCCUGUUGCUCCCCUCUCCUCAGGCUGUUCCUGAGGGCACACCCUUGUGGGACCAUGCAGAGUGGGAGGUCAGAGCAGGUGGAAAAGUGCCACUGCCCUCUGUCACUGCUGGUACUGGACAGGUGAGUUGGGUUAGCCAGACUCCGUUUUUGCCCUCACACCUGCCUGUCUCAAGUCUAACAGGCAGCUGUAGUCACUCUUGGGGGCCCAUUCACUCAUUCAUUCAGCCACUGAGCCAGUGGUCAAGGUUGUGUUACAACAGAAGGCCCAGGCCCUUCUUUUACCAGGCCUUGUGCUCGGUGCUAGGCACACAUAAGAAACAAGCCAGAGGUGGUUCCUACCUCCUCCCCUCAUCCCUCCCACCUGGAAAUCGAAGUCUGGUGCCACGUUCUGUAGCCUUUGCGAGGCUGGCCUCUCACUGCACAGUUUUGGGCCAGCUAGGCCACCUCACAGCAUAUCUGGUCACCAGAAACCUCCAGGGCCACCACCUGUACCCCUGCUGCCUGCCAGUGGCUCUGAAUCAAAUCUCAACAUUCAGAAACCACUGGGCUGGGCUGGUUUGCAUUUUGGGUGAGAUCAGUGGAACUUGGAGGGGAGAAGCCUGCUGGCCUAUGGCCCCCGUGAUCCCAGGCCAGCUCCUACAGAGAGGGAUGGGUGCCAGCCCCACCUAUGGCAUCUGGAGCCAGCCUGGUGGGGCUUCAAGUGGGGCUUCUGCCCCUUAGGUUGGCUGGAGCCUGCUCCUGUGGCCCACAGUAUUCCCAGCAGAGGCUCUUGCUUAGCCUAGGUGUCCCUCCCGGUGGUCAGUCAUGGCUGUCAGGACAGGCAGCAGUGAGGCUGGGAGAGUGGCAGCCCUUCAGGGCUGGUGUGCUGUCCAAGAGAAGAGGAUGAGUGUGAGUUCUCAGCAUGGCUAGUCUGGGUGUGACAUGCAGGGACAUGGAGCAGGCUGGCCUGAAUCCCCAGGAGGGAGGACUGGUUUCAGUCCUGUGAGACAUGGGAGAGGUUGGGGACUGUGCUUCCCUGGUUGUCCUGGGGAGGUGUGACAGCAUACUGUCCAGGAGGCUGGUGGGUGGGGACAGUAGGGUGACAAUUGCUCACCCUGUGCUAUGCUAGGGCUUCCCCAGAAGUCACCCCUGGGUCCACCCAUGACCUUUGCACAGGUGCUGACCUGAGACAGGUGAGGUGCCAGGCCCAGGGAUUCCAGGCCAGUGGGCAGCCCGGUGACCAGGCAGGUGUCUCCUCCCAGAUGCCGGGUGGGGCUCAGAUGGUAUCCUCAUGGAAUGCUACUACAAAUUAUGUUUUCAAAAUAUAUUUAAUAAAAUUUUCAGAAUAUAUCAUAAAUUGAAUAAAUCAGAUCACCAAGUAGUGCAUAGAGUAUGAUCCCAACUUUGUAAAAUAUCCAUCUCUUAUGUAUAAAGACAUGUGCCAAGAAUAAAGACUGGAAGGAAUCAAUAAAGAUGGUUAUCUCCAUGGUG